AAUAAAGUAUUUAUACGUAGGUUUACAUACGUUACUAGUCUAUGUUGAUCUUAAGUGUUAUUUAAAUUAUGUAGUUAUAUAUUAUAGAACAUAUAAUAAAUUAUAUCUAUACGUGGUUAUUUUGAAAUAUUAAUUAAGUACGUCAAACUGUGAAGUAAAAAUAGUGUUAACAAUGUAUAAAUAUUAUAGUGUAGUAUUUUUAUAGCUUUUAUGAAACGAAAUAAUAUAAUUUCUUUUGUCAAUUUUGUUAACUAGAUAAAAUAUUGCACUCAUUUUCAUGCUGUAAAAAGAUCAGUACAAGUGUUUACUAUGAAAUUUGGUGAAAUCUACAAUUAUGUUCGUUUAUUUUCAACUCAACAUAUUGUACCAAAAGUGUGUAUUAUUGGUGCAGGGCCAGCAGGAUUUUAUGCUGCACAACAGUUAUUAAAGACAAACGCUAAUGUAAGAGUGGAUAUAUUAGAGAAGUUACCAGUACCAUAUGGUCUAGUACGUUUUGGUGUAGCACCAGAUCAUCCAGAAGUGAAGAAUGUUAUUCAUACUUUUGAGAAAACUGCAUCUAACCCACGUUUUCAAUUUAUAGGAAAUGUCAAUGUAGGAAAAGAUGUUACUAUAAAGGAAUUGCAAGAAAUUUAUCAUGCAGUUUUAUUAACAUAUGGUGCAGAAGAGGAUAAACUAUUGAAUAUACCUGGGGAAAAUUUAAAUAAUGUAGUAUCGGGACGACGAUUUGUUGGUUGGUAUAAUGGAGUACCAGCAGAUAGUAAUUUAAAUAUUAAUUUAAAUGUAGAAGAAGCUGUUGUGUUGGGACAAGGUAAUGUUGCUAUAGAUAUUGCAAGAAUUUUGCUAACACCAGUAGAUAAAUUAAAGAAUACUGAUAUAACAUCAUUUGCAUUGGAAAAAUUAUCACAAAGUAAAAUACGUAAAGUAUCAUUAAUAGGAAGAAGAGGUCCAUUACAAGCAGCAUUUACAAUUGCAGAACUCAGGGAAAUAUUAAAAUUAGAUGGCUGUAGGAGUUAUUGGCGUGCAGAUGAUUUUAUAAAUGUAAAACAAGUAAUUAACACUUUAGCAAGACCACGGAAAAGAUUAACUGAACUCAUGGUAGAAUAUUUAGAAAAAACAUCCUUAAAUACAGGAACAAUGGCAAAAGAAUUAUAUCCAAUAUUUUUAAGAAGUCCCAUAGAAUUUUUAGGUUCGGAUAGUAUACAUAGUAUUAAACUAUCAAUAAAUAAACUUGAAGGUAAUGACAUACGAGCACAAUUUGCUGUACCUACUGGAUUAUUCGAAGAAAUUGAAUGUGGUAUAGCAUUCCGUAGCAUUGGUUAUAAGUCUAUUCAAAUAGAUGCAUCAAUACCAUUUGACACAGAAAUUGGUCGUAUUAAAAAUAUAGCAGGUAAAGUUCAAGAUAAACUUUAUACUGCAGGUUGGGCUGGAACAGGUCCUGUAGGAGUUAUAUUAUCAACAAUGACAAAUGCAUUUCAAAUUGGUAUGUUAAUGAAUAAAGAAUUAUCAAUUACAGAAAAUAAACCAGGUUUCAUAGGUUUAUCUAAAAUACUGGAGCAAAAAGGAAUACCCAUAGUUUUAUAUAAUGAUUGGAAAAAAAUUGAUAAAGUAGAAUGUGAAAGAGGAAAAACAUUAGGGAAGCCAAGGGAAAAGAUAGUUGAUAUAAAUGAAAUGUUAGAGAUUGCCUUAAGAUAAUAAAUGUAACAAAUGUAUGACAAUUGUUUACAAAGAAAAAAACUUCUUUUAGUUUUUAAUAAUUUUCAA